ACUAGUAACGUCGACGUGGCCCGCCAGCUAGAUGUAAAUAUUGACUAAUUGGAAAUUUAUCACACAUGUUAUGGAGACAAGUUGCUUCUCUGAUAUCGACAAUGAGUCGGCGUCAAUUGUCGGUGAUUCUGAAGGAGAAGAAGAAACAAAUCUUUACCUGGACAGAUUGAUGCUUGCAGAUUUGCUAGACCCGCCGUACUCAUAUCAUUUGUCCACACCACACACCAUCAAUGGCUGUACAGACGGGUUUUCUCCUCAGAUAGCGAUGUUGACUUGUAGACGUUUGGAUGGCUUGGACCAAGUGCUUCUCACACCUGAAAAGGAGCCUGCCUGUUACGCAAAUGCAGCAGAAGCCAAGAUCCAAUCUCCAUUUUUGUCAAGGAGUUCUGGGAAUCCAGAUGACGAGAAGGGAAUGGACGGUGUUAUCGCUCAAGGAAAUGAUGGAGAAGACAAUGAGGGGAUGAUAGAAGAGGAUCCCUCUGAGGGGUCAGUGUCAGAGCGUCCCUCACAGCACGUUGGGAGUGGUACCUCUACCAGACGUUUGAAGAGAGCAGCGACGGUAGCUAAGACACAGGGUGGCGGUGGUUGUGACCUCUCACAGAAGGAGAUAGGUGCAGAGCCCAAGAGACAGACCAGGCUGACUGACAGUCAGACACAGAGGAGUAGACAGACCAGACCAAUGGAAGAAAUCAGAGCAACCAGACAGAAUGACAACCAGGCACAGGAGAACAAACAGGAGAACAGACAGACCAGGCAGACUGACAGCCAAAAGCAGGAGACCAGCGGACCAACCAGACAGACCAGGCAGACUGACAGCCAGAAGCAGGAGACCAGCGGACCAACCAGACAGACCAGGCAGACUGACAGCCAGAAGCAGGAGACCAGCGGACCAACCAGACAGACCAGGCAGACUGACAAUCAGAAGCAGGAGACCAGCGGACCAACCAGGCAGACUGACAGUCAGAAGCAGGAGACCAGUGGACCAACCAGACAGACCAGGCAGACUGACAGUCAGAAGCAGGAGACCAGCGGACCGACCAGACAGACCAGGCAGACUGACAGUCAGAAGCGGGAGACCAGCGGACCAACCAGACAGACUGACAGCCAGAAGCAGGAGACCAGCGGACCAACCAGACAGACCAGGCAGACUGACAGCCAGAAGCAGGAGACCAGCGGACCAACCAGACAGACUGACAGCCAGAAGCAGGAGACCAGCGGACCAACCAGACAGACCAGGCAGACUGACAGUCAGAAGCAGGAGACCAGCGGACCAACCAGACAGACCAGGCAGACUGACAGCCAGAAGCAGGAAAAUGGAGGUGUGAACCACGGUCAAUCCCAUAGCAGGCGGUGCAUCACCCGUCUGAAUGCCCUCCACCGGAGGAACCGUUACGGGGAGACUCUACUCCACAUUGCAGCCAUGCAAGGAGACACCCAGUGGAUCAGAGGCAUGCUGUCGCUGGGCCCCGACAUCAACAUGGCCGACAACGCAGGUUGGACUCCUCUUCACGAGGCAGUGUCCCACGGUCAAUAUGAGAUCAGUAAGCACCUGAUCCAGGCAGGAGCUCUGGUCAACUGUACUGGAGAAAAUGGAACCACACCUCUACUUGAUGCUGUAGUGCAGGGACACCUGCAGAUAGCAGAGUUGCUGUUGAAGCACGGGGCAGACCCUCUACUGAAGAACAAUGACGGACAGACAGCCUAUAGCAACACCUCAGAACCCUGUCUGAUCAAACUCAUGGAGAAAAACAUCCCCAAUAACAAGAGAAAGGCACUAGCAGGAAGAAGCGUUGAGAGGUCAGGAGCAGGAGAACCCAUUAGACCGUUGAGGUCCGUGUCCGAGGGCACUGUGUCCAGGAACAUCCCUGGGGGGUCCCAGAGCGGGCGGACCGUCACCCCUCUGAAUAUCCUCCACCGGAAGAGCUGUUACGGGGAGACUCUACUCCACAUUGCAGCCAUUCAGGGAGACACCCAGGGGGUCAGAGACAUGCUGUCACAGGGGCUCGACGUCAACAUGCCCGAUAAUGCAGGUUGGACUCCUCUUCACGAGGCAGUGUCCCACGGUCACUAUGAGAUCAGUAAGCACCUGAUCCAGGCAGGAGCUCUGGUCAACUGUACUGGAGAAAAUGGAACCACACCUCUACUUGAUGCUGUAGUGCAGGGACACCUGCAGAUAGCAGAGUUGCUGUUGAAGCACGGGGCAGACCCUCUACUGAAGACCAACAACGGACAGACAGCCUAUAGCAACACCACAGAACCCUCUCUGAUUAAACUCUUGGAGGAAAACAUCCCCAAGAACAAGAGAAAGGCACUAGCAGCACCAACAAAACGACCUGCAGACUCGUCCCAACUCAGCCCUUCCCAAAGUGGAACAGGGAGAAAGCUCAGGAGGUUACCAGUUCAGGCAGAUCAGACCAGCACUGACCAGGAGAGAUACCAGCAGAGACGCACAAUAACCAGGUCUGAAACCAGCAACACUGACCAGCAGAGACGGACAACAACCAGGUCUGAAACCAGCAACACUGACCAGCAGAGACGGACAACAACCAGGUCUGAAACCAGCAACACUGACCAGCAGAGACGGACAACAACCAGGUCUGAAACCAGCAACACUGACCAGCAGAGACGCACACCAACCAGGUCUGAAACCAGCAACACUGACCAGCAGAGACGGACAACAACCAGGUCUGAAACCAGCAACACUGACCAGCAGAGACGGACAACAACCAGGUCUGAAACCAGCAACACUGACCAGCAGAGACGCACACCAACCAGGUCUGAAACCAGCAACACUGACCAGCAGAGACGGACAACAACCAGGUCUGAAACCAGCAACACCGAACAGCAGAGAGACACAACAACCAGGUCUGAAACCAGCAACACUGACCAGCAGAGACACACACCAACCAGGUCUGAAACCUGCAACACUGACCAGCAGAGACGCACACCAACCAGGUCUGAAACCUGCAACACUGACCAGCAGAGACGGACAACAACCAGGUCUGAAACCUGCAACACUGACCAGCAGAGACGCACACCAAACAGGUCUGAAACCUGCAACACUGACCAGCAGAGAGACACAACAACCAGGUCUGAAACCAGCAACACUGACCAGCAGAGAGACACAACAACCAGGUCUGAAACCAGCAACACUGACCAGCAGAGAGACACAACAACCAGGUCUGAAACCAGCAACACUGACCAGCAGAGACGGACAACAACCAGGUCUGAAACCAGCAACACUGACCAGCAGAGACGCACAACAACCAGGUCUGAAACCAGCAACACUGACCAGCAGAGACGCCCACCAACCAGGUCUGAAACCUGCAACACCGAACAGCAGAGAGACACAACAACCAGGUCUGAAACCAGCAACACUGACCAGCAGAGAGACACAACAACCAGGUCUGAAACCAGCAACACUGACCAGCAGAGAGACACAACAACCAGGUCUGAAACCAGCAACACUGAACAGCAGAGAGACACAACAACCAGGUCUGAAACCAGCAACACUGACCAGCAGAGACGGACAACAACCAGGUCUGAAACCAGCAACACUGACCAGCAGAGGGACACAACAACCUCUACUAAAGUUGCAGGGGUCCUGGGAGAGAAGGAGGAGCCUCAUGGCGAUGGCUCUACUUGUCCAAACCGUCCACUACCUUCUGUCCAGGAUGGGACGCGGUCUACGGCACCAGCUAUGAAGAGGAACCUGGAGGACCAGGCAGGGGAAGAAGACUCAAGGCCUAAUCAUGCCACACCUAGAAAAGUCAUUAAACGCAUCACCACCAAACGGAAGGAUAUCUUUGAUUUGCUCCUGCAGAGCAACCCUUUCGACCUGGACAGUAUUCUAUUGGCGGCCCAGACAGGAAAUGGUCAGGCGACAACAGGAAGUCUUCAUGACUCUGUUGAUUCGGUUGUGUUGAGAAGUCGAAGUGCAGGUUUCCUGCUGGAGACAGCCGAUUUCAAAGGAAAAGAGGAAGGAAAGAAAUGGAACACAGAAAAGCAGGAAAUUACAAAAUCCUCAGAGGAGCUAACUCUAACUAAAGAUGGGAAUCUCUCCCAGCAUACUGACCACUGCCAGAGCCAGAGAGAGGAGAUCACUCUAGAUAUGAAUCUCUCUCAGCAUACCGACCACUGCCAGAGAGAGGAGAUUACUCUAGAUAGGAAUCUCUCCCAACAUACUGACCACUGCCAGAGCCAGAGAGAGGAGAUCACUCUAGAUAGGAAUCUCUCCCAGCAUACUGACCACUGCCAGAGCCAGAGAGAGGAGAUUACUCUAGAUAGGAAUCUCUCCCAGCAUUCUGACCACUGCCAGAGAGAGGAGAUCACUCUAGAUAUGAAUCUCUCCCAGCAUACUGACCACUGCCAGAGAGAGGAGAUUACUCUAGAUAGGAAUCUCUCCCAGCAUACUGACCACUGCCAGAGCCAGAGAGAGGAGAUCACUCUAGAUAGGAAUCUCUCCCAGCAUACUGACCACUGCCAGAGCCAGAGAGAGGAGAUCACUCUAGAUAGGAAUCUCUCCCAGCAUACUGACCACUGCCAGAGCCAGAGAGAGGAGAUCACUCUAGAUAGGAAUCUCUCCCAGCAUACUGACCACUGCCAGAGCCAGAGAGAGGAGAUCACUCUAGAUAGGAAUCUCUCCCAGCAUACUGACCACUGCCAGAGCCCGAGAGAGGAGAUCACUCUAGAUAGGAAUCUCUCCCAACAUACUGACCACUGCCAGAGCCCGAGAGAGGAGAUCACUCUAGAUAGGAAUCUCUCCCAGCAUACCGACCACUGCCAGAGAGAGGAGAUUACUCUAGAUAGGAAUCUCUCUCAGCAUUCUGACCACUGCCAGAGAGAGGAGAUCACUCUAGAUAUGAAUCUCUCCCAGCAUACUGACCACUGCCAGAGAGAGGAGAUCACUCUAGAUAUGAAUCUCUCCCAGCAUACUGACCACUGCCAGAGCCAGAGAGAGGAGAUCACUCUAGAUAGGAAUCUCUCCCAGCAUUCUGACCACUGCCAGAGCCAGAGAGAGGAGAUCACUCUAGAUAGGAAUCUCUCCCAGCAUACUGACCACUGCCAGAGAGAGGAGAUAACUCUAACUCAAGAGGGGCAUCUUUCCCAGCAUACUGACCACACAGACAAAGCAGGGUUCAAUCUAGGUGAAUAUUUCAAUUUUAACCCAGCAACGAGUGCUAACAGCUACCAACACAAUAACACUAUCUGGGCAGAGAAAACCAGUCAAAACCCUGACCAGAAUACAUGUCCUGAAGCCUUGGUGCAGCUAGCUGGAAUGGAUGCCACAAGAAACAGCAUCUCCACCGAUAAGUCAAAGGUCACCCUCACCCACCGACCUGCUAGGCCAGAGAUUGACCCCAUGGACAAGACCAGAUCUGCGGUAGAGGUUGACCUGAGCCAAAUGGACCAGGAUGACACCUGCUGUACCCUUAUAGACAACGUCUCACUUGUUGAACACCUGUCCCUGUCCAAAGCACCUGUCCCUUUGGAAACCACUGAAGUUGUGAAUGCCUGUGUGGCUGGGACAUCAUCUCCAUAUAUUGAUGAUCAGUGUAAGCUAGACAAUGGUCUCCUGUCCAAGGAAGACUUGGAGGAGCAGUGUAGCGUGUCUCUUCUUCCGCCUCAUUCAGACGCUACAACAACAACACACCUGGAUGUCACAAGACAAGCUUCCAUUGUUGACGAGAAGCAGACACAACCAGUAGAGGCCCCAUCAGCGAUGGAGGAUGAUAAUGAUGAAUAUCUUGGCUCUUGCAACACUAGCUCACCAUCCCUCCUAGUGGCUGAGGAGCUCCACGGCCCUGUGGGGAUAUCAGAAUGUACAGAGACCAAUAUCGAUACACUGUUUAUGCAGAGAGCAAGUCAAAUCCCCAAAGCUUCUUCCAUUGGAUCAGAUGUUGGUUUAAAAGCCAACCUGCUAAAAUGCACUGGUCUCGAUCUCCAGCUGAUUGGAGACAGACUGGACAGCGAGACCACGGCUGCUGUGACUGAUAGAGAUGGUGAGAGAUGUCAUAUUGAUGGUGGACAACGUGAGGGAGGCUCUGUAACACACAGAGUGUCUAGAGACCCGGAUGCUUCUACUGACAAGACUUUGUCUUCCGACAAUAAAGACAAUAGUGCUGACUCUGACAUCACCGUGGUCUCUGAGCUGGACCAAGCAGAGACAAAGAACAAUGAUCUGGGACAAGUUGAAAAGGAGGAGGUGGCAAAAGCUCAUGUUCAACUUGAUUCAGAAGCAACAAUUGGUUCCGUCCAAGAUCAGGUGAGAGGAGUAGAAAACCAAACCCCCGGGACUGAAGUUGAGACUUUAGAUACAUUAAUAGAUUACUCUGAGGCGUGUAAGAUGAAUGGUAAUGGAUAUACCACUACUGUAAUGGAAGACUCCACUAGCCUGUUACCCGCUUUAGAUGACUGCCAAGCUAAAGACGGUGUGAAGGAAGAUGAACCAGAGAUGAACACUAUGCAAAGUGAUACGGGCAGUGCCAAACACCACAACAGCUGUAGUCAACACAAGAGGAAAGCCAAGAGCAGUAGAGCCAGACCUGGCAAGAGGCAAGCCAAGCUGUUGUUGAAGCCAAAGCCAAACCCUUGGGCAUCGCAAAACACAAGUACUAGUUACACAACAGGUGGUGCUGAUACCUCGUCUAGUUCAGUAGGUCCCAUGCCUGGCACAAAGAUUCCCUUGAGGAAUCUACACAAGAGAAACAGUAUGGGAGAGAGCCACCUUCACCUGGCAUGCAAGAAAGGAGACCUGGCUCUAGUGAGAGGCCUUCUGGAAGCAGGCCUAAAUGUUAAUCAGAUAGAUCACGCAGGCUGGACGGCGCUGCAUGAGGCCAGUGCUGCAGGUUCUGAAGCUGUGGUCAAGGAGCUACUGCAGGCUGGGGCUGAUGUUACCAGUAGAGGUCUGGAGGGCCUCACUCCUCUACAUGAUGCUGCUGCCUCAGGACACUGUAAAGUAGUGCAGCUCCUUCUUCAGUAUGGCGCAAACCCGCAAGACAAAAACGCUCUGGGCCAGACCGCCGUGGACCUAGCCUGCCACGACGACAUCAAACAACUCCUCUCCACAUUCCCAGGACCUUUUGUCCAACGAAGUUCCGCGCCCUCUGAGAGGCCCUCUGAGCGUUGUGGUGUCUCUAGGUCUGGGUCUGAGGGUCGCAGCAGAAGGAAGCCAGCUGGCCCAGCACGUCUUUGCUGUGAAGGCGACUGGGAAAGGCACAAAGCCAGACACACAGGUGUCAGGGAUACAGACAGAGACGGAGAACGAGACAGGCAGCCUGGUGACAUUCAGCCCAGACAGAAAGACAGCACCACUGAGACACUGCAUCCCUCUGAAGCUAUCACUACGGCUCUGGAGGAUGUGGAGCGAAAGCAAGAGGAAAUGUCAACCUGGAAAUUAAAUCAUUCAGAGGAUGCAAGAAUAGCAGCAGAAGACAAAUUGACGAUGGCGCUAUCAGAGAUCCAGAGUGUUCUGAAUGUUGUGCUGGAGAAACAGCAGGCAGAGAAAGAUGACCUCACCAAGAAGUACAGGAUAGCGUCAGACUCGUUCCGGCAGGGAGUGCUGCGUAGUCAGCUGACUUCGUUGGCGUCGCGUCAGAAGAGGCUGCUGGGUAUCCUCCAGAAGCAAAGCGACCUCAAGCUCCAGCUCCGCACCUGGAAGGGCCCGACCCUGACUCAGCACUCCCAGACAGGGAGAGAUCAGAACAUCUCCCACUCAUCAACCACCACUUCCAGCCCUGCUCCCUCAGAAAGGAGCCUCGCAGGCAACCAGGAGGGGAGCCACGCUUCCCCCUUGUUUAGCUCUACUGGUAGUCACGACAACCGAGACAAACAAGAAGGUAGUAGCCAGACAUCUCAGGUAGCGCCGCCUCGAAAACAUCCAACACAACACCGGGAUGACAACAACAAAAACAACACUACCUUUCCAUCACAACAAGGAAAUAGAAACAGCAAACCACAACAUGGAAACACCCUUGACAUGGGAAGCAAUGUGUUACAACAAUGGACGGCCAGUGAUGGAGAAGAGAACAGGAAGUUGAUCGGGCUCAUCAAGAAAGGGGUCAUCACACCAGGAGAGGAUGUACUACAGCUGAUGUGGAGGGGCUGUGUCCACCAGGCGUCUCUGCUCCUAGAAGGCUGGAUCAGAGACAGCGUCACGGGCAGAGAGUUCCAGGCCCCAGAGCUCUGGGUAGCGGCUAUCCUGGGAAACAACAUCCCUGUUUCCUCAGCCUACGCCUGGGACAAGGUGACGUACGGAGACAGGUCUCUGUCUGGUUACUUACUGGGCGUAGUGGACGUGACAGCCCCAGCAGCACAGAACCCUGCCGAAUCCACACACCAUGAUGGCUCCUCUGCUCAGCCUCAGGAUGUCCCCUCUGCAGGGGCACCCCUCUCAGAGUCAUCGGCAGUACUCAGAAAUAUAAUGCAAAUCAAGUCGAUCAGAUUAAUUGGUGAUGAGGAGUUUGUGCCCCAUCAUAUAAUGGACCGCUACUGGGACAGUCUUACACAGACACACACUGACGACUGGCUGUUUUAAACUCUUUAUUCCCCAUGGAGACACUGAGGACUCAUAAUAAUGUGUGAUUCACUGUUAUCAAUGUUAUUAUUCAAGAUGUACAAGUGGGUGUUUUUAGAAUGAACUCUUUAUCCCACAAAGAGAACUGAACACUCUAGGGCAACUGAUGUUAUAAUUAAGCAAUAAGGCACGAGGGGGUGUGUUAUAUGGCCAAUAUACCGAGGCUCAGGGCUGGUCUUAGGCACGAUGCAAUGAAGAGUGCCUGGACACACCCCUUAGCUGCCAUAUACCACAUACCCCGAGGUGCCUUAUUGCCAUUAUAAACUGGUUACCAAUGUAAUUAGAGCAGUUAAAAGUAAAUGUUUUGUCAUACCCGUGGUAUACAGUCUGAUAUACCACGGCUGUCAGCCAAUCAGCAUUCAGGACUUCGAACUACCCAGUUUAUAAUAACCCUUAAGUUACACUAAUGUUAUAAUGUAAUGUUUUAAAAAUGACUGUUAUUUGAACACUUAUCAAUUUUAUGAUUUAUUGAUAUUCAAGCCUAUCAAAGUAGUUCUAUGACGUCACCUUUAUAUGUUAAUUUGUUCUUCCCACGGUUGUGUUUUUCUCCCAAGUGUUGUUGUUGUGAAGCCUAAUUGGUUAUUGUGAAGCCUAAUUGGUUAUUGUGAAGCCUAAUUGGUUAUUGUGAAUCCUAAUUGGUUAUUGUGAAUCCUAAUUGGUUAUUGUGAAGCCUAAUUGGUUAUUGUGAAUCCUAAUUGGUUAUUGUGAAUCCUAAUUGGUUAUUGUGAAUCCUAAUUGGUUAUUGUGAAUCCUAAUUGGUUAUUGUGAAGCCUAAUUGGUUAUUGUGAAUCCUAAUUGGUUAUUGUGAAUCCUAAUUGGUUAUUGUGAAUCCUAAUUGGUUAUUGUGAAUCCUAAUUGGUUAUUGUGAAUCCUAAUUGGUUAUUGUGAAGCCUAGUUGGUUAUUGUGAAGCCUAAUUGGUUAUUGUUUUUGUGUAAAGUAAUUCCAUUAUUAUUGGACUUUAUCUAGACUCCCACAAUUACAGCAAGUUUUAUUUUCUUAAGUAAACCAUAAUUGGAUAUUAUGUUAUUGUUUAUUGACAGUAAUAAAUAAAUAAAUAAAUAAAUAUAUAUAUAUAUCUAUAAAGUGUUUAAUAAAGAAAAUUAAG